AUGACAAUAAAUAGAAGUAAUUUAACAUCACAUCUGAGAACACAUACUGGAGAGAAACCUUAUACAUGUGAUGUUUGUAAUAAGUCAUUUAGUCAUAAAGGUAAUUUAACAUCACAUCUGAGAACACAUACUGGAGAGAAACCUUAUACAUGUAAUUUAACAUCACAUCUGAGAACACAUACUGGAGAGAAACCUUAUACAUGUGAUGUUUGUAAUAAGUCAUUUAGUCAUAAUGGUAAUUUAACAUCACAUCUGAGAACACAUACUGGAGAGAAACCUUAUACAUGUGAUGUUUGUAAUAAGUCAUUUAGUUUAAAAGGUAAUUUAACAUCACAUCUGAGAACACAUACUGGAGAGAAACCUUAUACAUGUGAUGUUUGUAAUAAGUCAUUUAGUUUAAAAGGUAAUUUAACAUCACAUCUGAGAACACAUACUGGAGAGAAACCUUAUACAUGUGAUGUUUGUAAUAAGUCAUUUAGUCAUAAUUGUAAUUUAACAUCACAUCUGAGAACACAUACUGGAGAGAAACCUUAUACAUGUGAUGUUUGCAAUAAGUCAUUUAGUUUAAAAGGUAAUUUAACAUCACAUCUGAGAACACAUACUGGAGAGAAACCUUAUACAUGUGAUGUUUGUAAUAAGUCAUUUAGUCAUAAUUGUAAUUUAACAUCACAUCUGAGAACACAUACUGGAGAGAAACCUUGUCAUAUGAUGUUUGUAAUAAGUCAUUUAGUUUAA